UCAUGUUAUCCUCCAUGUUAAAAGAACAUCAAUGUAAACAACAAGAGAGGAAAGAAGAGAUUGAGAAGCAAAAAACUGAAGCUUCUGAUUCUGUAGUUGAAUUAACUCAUCAUAUGGUUGAUCAUCUUAAUGAUGGAGUGGCUCAAGCUUAUCUUAAUCAACGUAAAUUAGAUGCUGAGACUAAACAAUUACACGCUAAUGUUACUCAAUUCUCAAAACAGGCUAAUCAAUGGUUAACAGUAAUGCAAAGCCUAAACAAAUCAGUCAAGGAACUUGGUGAUGUCGAAAAUUGGUCAAAAAGUAUAGAAAAUGAUCUUCGUCUUGUAUCAUCUGCUUUAGAAUAUGUUUAUAAAGUUGGUCCACAAUCAAAGAGUUAAUCUACCAUCAGUUGAACGAAGUUCAAACAAUCAAAUCAAUUGAUUAAUCUAGAAGAUUAACAAUUCAGUAAUCAAAUCAAUUGUUUAUGAAUGCGCUUCUAAAAACGUUACUCUUAAAUUUCACUAUGUUUUACUCCUAAAUUGAAUAACUAAUUACAAUUAUAUCAAGAAAUUAAAUUAGUUUAUGAUGAUGAAUAUUAAUUAAAAUUAGAAGUUGGAUAAAUAAAUUAUUAUAAUUAUAUAUUGAAAGAAAUGCUUAAAACAACAGA